AGUAUGUGAUUUGCGAUGGUCUGCAUAUUUAGUGUGCAUAUUCGUCAUUAAAUUAAUGUUUCCUUUUGCUACACCAAAAAAAAUCUCUGAUUCCCACUGUUUAUCUGGACGAAGCAUGUUGGGUAUCUGAUUCCCCAUUUAAAAUUGUGAAUAAACUCCGCCAACCCGGCGCAACUCUCUGUUCUCCGGCUGACAAAUGGUGCGCACCCAGUGAGGCUCGUUGCUCAUCACGCUUCCAAUAUGGCGGUGAAUCUCACAGACCUCUCCCUUCCUCAGUUGGAAGGAUUAAAAGGCCAACUGGACCAGGAGGUUGAGUUCUUGACGUCUUCCAUAAGUCAGCUGAAAAUUGCCCAGAACAAGUUUGUUGAAGCAAAAGACAGCUUAACUGUCCUAAACUCAAACAAUAAAGGAAAAGAGUUGCUUGUGCCUCUCACCAGUUCUAUGUACGUUCCUGGAACGUUAAAUGAUGUGGAACAUGUCUUGGUGGAUGUGGGAACUGGAUAUUAUGUUGAAAAGAAUGUGGAGGAGUCAAAGGCAUUCUUCAAGCGUAAAAUAGACUUCCUCACAAAGCAGAUAGAGAAAAUUCAGCCUGCUCUUCAAGAGAAACACGCUAUGAAACAAGCGGUCAUUGAAGUAAUGAAUCUGAAGAUCCAGCAAUUACAACAGAGCCAACAGGCAUCACAGAUGGUUGGAAAUGCAAAGGCCUGAUGGGAACAACUGUUUGAGCUAUUCAGGAUUAGAGACCUUUUCUAAGUUUGCCUUCACAAGAUGAUGCAAAAUGCACAAAUUAUGUUUGAAGUGUAGGUUGGCGGGUACAUGGGAGACUCCCUGUGUACUUGCAAAAAUUUAAAUAAAAUUUGGUGUUAACUUUAGUCAUUAAAGCUAGUUAAGUCUGGGUUAAAAAAAAAA